ACCAACGCAUUGCAUGCUGUCCCAUUUAUUUGUUUAACCCUUUUUCUUUUAUCGCUCCUGAGGUUUGUAUUCAACCAAGGUGCAAAAUUUGGCAGAUGAAGAAGGACACAAAUUGAUUCGGCUCUUACAAAACCUGUUGGCGUGACCAGUCUUUCUCAACCCGAGCUGUGUGUUGUGCAUGACAUUGAAGAAGUGGCGGGGUUGAGUUUGGUUUCAAACAUAUAAGCCUCAAGGACAUCACAGUUUGAAGAGGAAAACCAGAGCAACAAGCAUUAAUUGGUGUGCCGGUUACCAGACUUGGUAAGGCAGAACAAAAUGGGACAGCUCAGAGGCUCUGUUGGAACCAUGGGAAAAAAGGACUCACAACAUGAGAUUGAAACAUCAUUGAAGGAGGAGAUUCUGCACCUUCAAGAACAACUUCAGGACCAAUUUGUGAUGCGGAAUGCAUUAGAGAAGGCAUUGACUCGUAGGCCCUAUUUCUCCCAUGGUACAUCUCAAAAGACAAUCCCCAAGGAUGCAGAGCAGCUGAUUGUAGAAACCGCAGUGUUAGAAUCAGAAGUCGCGUACCUGGAAAAGUACCUUCUCACCUUGUAUCGUAACAAGUUCAAUGAACAACCUUCACAUUUAUUCACUGAGGAUGAGCUCAAGUCGACCUCCAUCGCUCAUGGGAAAGUGAGUCCGCCAAUUCACAGACAUAAUAGUACACUGGAGAGAGAGAAUUCCUUUUCUCAUUUAAGUCGGCGUCCUCCUUGUUUGCCUCGUCGGUCCAUUGGGAGUCCUUUGAAAGAAGAAGAGAACAUUUGGGCUCCAAAAAAUCUAUCAGAUGUCGGUAUUCACCGUUGCCAGUCCUCACUAUCUCAGCGCUCAUCUCAUCCAAACAGAGAUUCACAUCCAGAAAAUUCAUUUGCUAGAGUUGUAGAUUCAUACCACUCCCUCCCUUUGUCCAUGUUGGAGCGAGUGCCGUGUACGACUUCGAAAUCAAUUAGUUUGGCAGACUAUCUCGGGACGAGCAUAACUGAUCAUGUCCUAGAGACGCCAAACUGGCUAUCCGUAGAGAUGGUCAAGUCCAUCUCAGCAAUAUACUGUGAGCUGGCCGAGCCACCUUUGACAAACUAUUAUUUCCUGUGCUCUCCAAAUUCACCAUCUUCGUACAUAGUGGACCAAUAUCCUUCGGGAGAUCUUGGUGACAUGCAGAGCUCACACCACUGCAGAUAUUCCUCCUUCAAUUCCCAUUUUGGUAACCCUUUUCACGUGGAAGGCUCAAGAGAAUUCAGCGGACCUUACAGUACUAUGCUCAAAGUGCAAUCAAUCUCCAGUGAUGCUGAAAGGAUGAAAAGCAUUGAGUACAUGCUGCGGAAGUACAGGUCAAUCGUACAUCAAUUGCGACGAGUCAAUCCCAGUAAGCUGAAUCAUGAGGAGAAGCUCGCCUUUUGGAUUAAUGUGCACAAUGCCCUAGUGAUGCAUGCAUUUUUGGCUCAUGGCAUUCCGCAAAACAAACUGAAGAGGAUGUCUCUGCUACUCAAGGCUGCAUAUAACAUUGGAGGGCACACCAUAAGCGUAGACACAAUUCAAAACAGUAUUUUGCAAUGCAGGCUGCUUUGUCCGGGAAAGUGGCUGCGGUUACUAUUGCCAUCCAAGCAGAAAUUUAAAGUCGAUAGUCUGCCGAAAGCAUAUGAGAUCGACCAUCCCGAACCACUCUUACAUUUUGCACUCUGUUUGGGAAGCCGCUCUGAUCCUGCAGUUCGCAUGUUCAGGUCUGACAAAGUGUUUCAGGAGCUGAAAGUCGCAAAGGAAGAGUACCUCCGAUCAAACUUCAGAUUGUUUAAGAAAAGGAUCAUCCUACCAAAACUUGUCGAUACUUACACCAAGAGCUCGGGUUUGAGCGCGGCCAACCUGCUGAUGAUCCUCAACCAUUGCUUGCCAGAUUUUCAUGUAAAUAGCUUCCAACAGUUUCACAACAAGUCUUGGAAGAGCUUCGAAUGGACAACUCAAAACUUCGACUUUCAGUAUCUUUUCUCGAGCGAGUUAGCAUAGCAAAUCUUAAGAGACUUCUUAUGCUAAGUAAUGAGGUCAUUGCUUUGAAUGACAGAUGAAUCACAGCUUAAGCAUUUCCCUCUUCACUAUUUUAUAAAAGCCAGUUC